AUGGCCCAAGCUGCCUGGCUGCCGUUGUCGGCAAGCACCGAACGCCGAUCAGAAUUUGACAUCCUCAAGUCCGCCAGCAUCCACCGAUCACGCGACCGGAGCAUGUCCCUCGACUUCCCCCCACCCCCGUCCCAGCACCUCUACCCCCAGCAGGAUCUCGACCACCCCUUCUCGUCCCUCCCCAAUGGCGACCUCGCCUCGUCCUCCCACCAGCAUCCUUCCCACCUCCCCAUGAACGGUCACGUCCUCGACCGCCCCGACUCCAUGGACGUCUCGGACCACAGCUCCUACGAUAUCUUCUCCGGCUCCGCCCAGAACAAUGGACGCUAUCGCGCCUCUUCCGCCUCGUCCUCAGCCCUCCCGCCCUUCGGCAUGGACUCCAUGUAUUCCAACCACAGUCCCUUCUCCGACCCGCUUCCUCAGUUCCACAACCCCAGCCCCGACCCGUACGGCCUCUACAACAGCAGCGGUAAGCCCUCCCCGCUCAGCCCCAACGACUCCGUCGGCCCUCUCCACCACUCCUCUGCCUUCACCUUUGGCAACGGGCAACUCAAGGACUUCCCGUCAGGCAACUCGUUCCCGACUGAUGUCCUCGAUCGUCGCAUGGCCGGGCUCUCCACCAACUACUCGCCCGACUACAACGAGCCGAACGACUACAACGGGAUAUCUGUAAACCCAGGUAUUGGCCUCGGCUUCUCCGGCUCGUCCACCCUCCCCCCCUUCCAGCGCGAGAUGCAGCAGAACGAAAGAUACUCGUCCUCUGUGAUCCCUCCGCUCAUGCAAAAUUCGGACCACCUGAUGCAGGGCGUGAGCCCCCAGGCCAUGCACCAUUUCGACCGCAGCCUGCCGUCGUUCAUGGGGGGCGCGCCCGAGUUCCCGAUGCGGAUGGGCAUGGACGUGCGGAUGGGCGCGAGUGGUGCAUCUGACCUCCAGACCUUCAUCCGCCCGUAUCUGGACCAAUACGUGCGCACCUCGAACCGACUCGCGUUCGGCGAGCGCACGGUGAUCGUCAUGUCGAGCAAAGUCGCCCAAAAGUCCUACGGGACAGAAAAGCGCUUCCUCUGCCCGCCGCCGACCGCGAUCAUGAUUGGGAACUCGUGGUGGUCGGACGUCACGCGUCGCGGGGACGAGCCCAAGCUCUGCCCACCACGCGUCGUGGUUUCCAUCUCGGGCGAGCCUGCGCCGCAAGAAGGUUCGAUUGAGUGGACGACCGCGACGGGCAAGGCGUUCGACGUCUCCGACCCACCGACGGGGACGACCUUCAUUGGUCGCUGCGUCGGUAAGCAGCUCUACAUCUCCGACGUUGACGAGAAGAAGAAGAAGGUCGAGGCGCUCGUCAAGAUCAUGGCGCCUACAUCGGACGACGAGCCCGAGCGCAUCGUGGGCACCUUCCCCUCCCGCCCCAUCAAGGUCAUCUCCAAGCCCAGCAAGAAGAGGCAGAGCGCGAAGAACCUUGAAUUGUGCAUCAAUCACGGUUCUACUAUCUCCCUCUUCCACCGGCUGCGGUCACAAACGGUGUCUACCAAAUACCUCUGCGUCUCCGGCUCAGGCUCCUCCUUCAAGGGCUCAGACGGUGCUCCGCUAAUGGGCCUCGACCAGCGCUCGAGGUCACAAACGCCGUCCUUCAUCGCCCGCACCGCGAGUUGGGACCCGUUCAUCAUGUACAUUGUGGAUGUCAACAAGCCCGCGGGCGGCGUCGACUCUCCACCACCGCCCCCACCGCAGCCCGAGUAUCCCUCGCCGCCACCAAAUGCAAUUCCGUUCACGAACAACGGAUCUCAGAUCCCGGUCUACUACAACCAGACCGUGGUGUUGCAGUGCUUGACCUCCGGCGUCGUCAGCCCGGUCCUCAUCAUCCGCAAGGUGGACCACCAGACGACCGUGGUCGGCGGCGGCCUCCAAGAGGGCGCCAAGGGCAUCGCCGACCACUACUGCACCCCAGGCGAGGUCUGCGGAGACCCUGUCUCGCAGCUGCACAAGAUCGCGUUCGAGGUCUACGACCCCGCAAAGACCGCACCGGAGCCUGGCAGCACCGGCGUCAGCGGCGCCUUCCUCUCGUGCCAGGGCGAGAAGGUCAACACCUUCCGUCCUCUCGAGGGCCGGCAGUGGCGCAACCCGCCGCCGUCGCGCGAGUCCGACUCUCCGGACGCGGCGCCGGCGUCCCCGACAGCGACGACCCCGACCUCGAGCACUGGGACGACCGACUACUUCGGCUCGGGCACGAACGGCAGCAGCGCACCGACGUCCCCGGACCCUUCUGACUUCCCGUCCAACGACGGCGGCCGCGUCAAGAAGGGCAAGCGCGGAUCGGGGUCUUCGAGCCAGGGCAGCCUCUCGAAGCCAGUGUCGCAGAAGGGCCGCAGGCGCCCGACCUCUGCGAGCUCCGCGGGCUCGGGCAGCAGGCGUAGCUCGGGCGGCGAGUCAGGCGCGUCGUCGGGUGCGCUCUGGCAGGUCGACAUCGGCGAGACGAGUGUGUGGACGAUCGUCGGGACCGACCAAGUUCGGUACAACUUCUACGUCCCGCCCGUGCUCUAUGACAACCAAAGUGCCUCCAACGGCUCGUUCCCCGUGCCCUCGAAGCCGAUUACCCCCUUCCCGGCCGUCGUCAAGUACCUUCCGCCCGACCGUGCGUCAGAGGCGCCGAAGGGCGGGUGCGCGACGUCGCGUGCUGUGCUGCACAAGCCGAACCCGCACGCGUCCAAGAUGCUCACGCUCUAUGGCGAGAACUUCUCCAAGGGCGAUCCGCUCACGGUCUUCUUCGGGUCAGAGCCGUCGCCGUACGUCGAAGUGCGCUGCACCGAGGCCCUCGGCUGUCUCCCUCCGGAGUCGGGCAACACGAAGCGGCGGCCGAUAAUCCUCGUCCGUCCGGAUGGCGUCGUGUACCCCUCGACGACGUUCUACCCAUGA